AUGGAGAGCACGGAACUGCUCGGGAGCGAAGCCAUCGCCACUCCCCAAGUUUCCGUCUACGAUCCUGUGGCUACCAGCGCAGUCUUCUCCACGCACUCUGAAGACGACGUCCCCGAGACCGCGUCUUUGCUUUCAGAACCGCUACUAAACUCCGACUCCAAUUCAAGAAAAAUGCCCCAGGUCGGCCGGCAAGGCGCCAUCGUGCUGCUAUGCCUUAUUAACCUGGUCAACUACAUCGACCGCGGCAUCAUUCCUGGCGCGCCCGAGAAGUUCAACCAGUUCAUCACUGACACUCUGGGUGUGAGUGUGCUGCGUCAGUCCGUGUACUUCGGUCUGUUGACCUCAGCAUUCAUUGCAAGUUACUCCAUCUUCUCCAUGGUGUUCGGCUACUUUGCACUGACACACCGACCAUUCCGUAUCAUUGCGUUGGGUAUGACCGUGUGGGUGGUAGCCGUGGCCAUCUGUGGUAUGGCUCAGGCCUCCCAGAGUUACUACGUACUGAUGGCGGGUCGUCUUAUCAGCGGUGUCGGUGAAGCUUCGUUCCAGUGUACAGCAACACCUUUCAUCAACCGCUAUGCGCCACCAGCGAAGCGCUCUCUUUAUCUGGGUAUUUACCUGGCUUCCAUCACUGUGGGAACUGCGGUUGGAUAUAUCUAUGGAUCCAUCUUCGCCAGCUCAGGAUUUGGCUGGGCAGGGGCUUAUUUCGUGGAGGGUAUUAUUAUGAUCGUAUUCAUUAUCUGCUGCCUUACUAUUGUACCGGACGAGCUGAACCAGAUCCCGGUUAAUGAAGUGGACCGUGAAGAGAUUGAGAGUAAGCAGAGUGAACUGGCGGUAGUGCCUCACACUCCUGGAGACGAUGACAAGCAGAGUGCGACCGCAUAUAUGGAAGAUAAAGACCGCGCUCAGCACAGCCGCCUCGUACACAAGACGUCAUUUUUUGUGGAGUGGUGGGCCAUCUUCAGCAACGUGCCGUUCAUGCUGAUCAUCCUCGGACACGCGGCGUACACUUUCUCUCUGGCAGCCAUGAGCACCUUUAGCCCUGCUAUCUUCAUUGGUCUGGGUCUGUUCGAGGACGAGACGACGGUGUCACUUAUGUUUGGUGGACUUGUAGCCAUCACCGGUACCAUUGGUACGCCUCUGGGAGGAAUUUUGGUCGACUACCUCGCAAAGAAGAAGCCCAACGAGAUUGGCCGUCGCUGCAUGAUCUCCGUAUACGCGCUGUUCUACUUCAUGCUGGCUGCGGUUGUGUUCGGACUCAUUAUGGUGGCAUUUGCCAGCACCAAGAUGCUGUGUUUGGCUUUCCUCACGCUCUGCCUCUUCUUCAUGUGUGCGUUAUCCGUUCCCGAGACGAUUGCCGUGCUUGAGCUCUUCCCAAAGUCGCGUCAGUCGAUGGCCGUAGCAGCCAAUACGCUGGUCAUUCACGCUCUGGGUGACGUGCCGUCCCCUAUUAUUCUGGGCGCUAUCAAGGACUCAUGGGCUCCCCACUGUGGCACCGUAGAGAUCGACGGCGAGGCAGAGCUUAACCCAGAUUGUUCGGAGGACCACGCCGGUCUUCGUGACGUGCUGCUGUUUGCAGUGGUCUGGCUGGCGUGGGGUGUCAUGCUGUGGGGCGCUUCCGUCAUCGUUGUGAAGCGGAGACAGAAGGAGGAGAUGCAGCGCGUGGCCCGUGGUGGUGUGAGUGAUGGCUUGUUGUAA